ACUUGUGCGCAUGCGUGGAAGACAAGGGGGAAAAGGAGGCAUUCGAUUUGCACUUCUGCUUCUACCUUUUUUAAAAGAGCGUCUGCUGUUCAGCAAGACUAACGAUCACUUUGCCCGCAGUUUGUUCGAAGGCAAUGAAUCGAACGUACGUCUUGUAGAAUAACUAGUGUGGAUAGUUAAGUGGUUGGCUAGUUCAAUGCAGCUAACAGGUAAGUAAUAAAAUAGUCUCCUGGGUUUGGCAUGGCCGAGGGAAGCGGUAAUGUUAACGUCAAUCCGGCCAACCUCCCACCGGGAGACCCGCAGCUCAUCGGGAUGAUUGUGGAGCAUCUGAAAAACCGGGGUCUUUUUGAUGAGUUCCGUCGGGACUGUUUAGCCGACGUCGAUACAAAGCCGGCCUAUCAGAACCUGCGACAGAAAGUGGACAACUUCGUCACAUCGCACCUGAGCACGCAGAACUGGAACCCGUCCAUCAACAAGAACCAGAUGAGGAACGGACUGAGGCAAAGCGUUGUCCAAUCGGGCAUGCUGGAGUCUGGUGUGGACAGGAUCAUAACUCAGGUCGUGGACCCCAAGAUGAACCACACUUUCCGACCGCACAUAGAAACAGCCAUCCACGACUUUCUGUCAGGGGACAGGAAGGAGGAAAGCACCUCAAGUUUGAACUCUGCUCCAUCUGAACAGACAGAACCACAAGAGGCUCCGUCUGCCUCUGGCCCCAAAACCCCCUGAGUCUCUCUCUCUCUCGAUACAGGCACACAUGCUGGUCUCUAGUGGUCUGCACAUUCUGUAUGGCUGCAUUAACCUUUGGAAAGGUGCAGCAUCGGACGGGUGGACGAUGAAGAGGAGGAAAGAGGAGGCUGUUUUGUGCCUCCAAUUCAAUGGAUUAGUCAGGAGUGUGUCAUUGCUCCUGCGUGAGGCUGCUUCGGGAGAAGGGCUACAACGCUGAGUGGUGCGCUGUCGUCGUUUGAGUGUGGAUUGUUAAUUUUUUUUCGGUACUGGCUUUUUUUGUUUGUUUGGGGUUUUUUCCAAUGUGCAUUACUUUUUCUUUUUUUUUUUUUAGCAAUUCUAUAUUUUUUAAAUACAGAGCCAAUUGUUCACUCACUCUGUUUAUGCCUAUGAUAUAGACAUUUUCCAGUAAUUAUGUUUCCUGUUACUUUUUUUUUUUUUUUUUUUUUAUGCUUGCACACUGUCUGCACUCAUUUUUGAUAGACUGAGAGGGGAAAAAACAAAAUUACUGAAGAACAAUGCAAUGAAUGAAUUUGUUUCAUGUUUACAGGCCAUAAUUUUUCAUUUCAUCAUGUCAGAUUUUUCUUUGGUGUGUGUUGUUAAUAUGAAGUUUGUCCAUCUCAUGUGCUUACAUUAAAAACAACUGCGACCAUGUCCCUCUUUGUCUUUCUCUACCUCCUCUUAGUUGCUAAGCUUUCAUCAGUGGAUACACCAUAUUUUUAUCAGUUUGUCUUUAAAGGAGAUGGCAAUACAGUUAACAGAGAGGAAAUGACAGUAACGCUUUUUAAUGAUGGAAACCUCUGCAGCAAUUUCUGUGUAAAGAAAGCUGGUGUAUGGUGUUUAUUAGUUUCCUUUGUUAAGUCUAACAUAAAAGAAGCUGUCUGACGCAGCAUUUCGCUCAAUAUGAUCAUUACCCGAUGCUGCUGAAGUGAAGCAGAGCAAAGUCAAAGAUGUUUUAUUACAGACACAGGUAAGCGUUUUGCAAUUUGGCAUAUUUUAAAAAGUUUAAAUUUCUCCAGUGUUGAACAGUAAAAAUGAUGCUUUCGUGUCCGAGGUCAUUUUAAAAAAAACAGCGGGACAGCACUGCACGCCACGAUAGACUGAUGCAUAAUAAGCAAGCGAAUAAUACAGAAAACAGAUUUGAGAUGGGAAACUGUUCUUGAAGAGAGAGAGAGAGAGCGAUGCAGGAUGUGCGAUCGUGGUGGAAGCAAAUCAGCAAAAAUAAAAGGGAAUUAAUGACGAUGUUUAUCAAACCUGAAGCCUAGUUUUGAUCUUCUUUUGCUGUUUGUUCAGUGAAUUUUGGUUGGAGAGUGACAAAACCUGCAGCUUCAGAAUCUGUGUGCUGUAGGCUUUCAGCACUGAAGGUCUGUGUAUGUUCAGGCGUUUCUGGAAAAGUAGAUUUGUAUUUAAAAAUUGAUUCAGGAUUCAAUGAAUCGAUAUGGCGUUAUUCAAGCUAAAAUUGAUUUAAAUGGGAAAAUCGAUUAUUUAAACACACCCCUAAUAUGAACGGGUCCAUCUUCCAUGUACCUAAACGGUCCCGAACUUUCCAAUUCAUUCUCUAUGGGAGUCCUAAACCACUACGAAUGUAAUAUAUUCUUUGUCCACUAUAGUCUUCUGGCGCUGUUGCAAAUUUAUACAGUCAUGUUUGGUGGUGAAUAUCCCCGCCUGUCACGCGGGAAACUGGGGUUCGAUUCCCUGACGGGGAGGCAAUACGUUUUCAUUCAUAAUGUUGAAAGUCAGACUGUGACAUCCUUGGGAAGGUCCUUAACCAGUGGCGGAGCGGGGGGUGGCUUACUGGGCUUAAGCCCGGGUUGUUUUUUCAGAAGCCCGGGGUCUUUUGGAGUGUAUUUUUUUCAUAGUUAGAUGCCUGGCUGACAA